UAUGCAAUGCCAGUGUUUGAUAUGUUGGAGAGAACAAUGGUGAAGAGAUUGAACAUUCCUCCGGGAUUAGUGCUGAGGCUCGUCGUUCGUUCUGCUUACGUUGCCUUCACUUUGUUUGUUGGUGUAACUUUUCCUUUCUUUGGAGAUCUUCUUGGCUUCUUUGGUGGAUUUGGCUUUGCUCCCACUUCUUACUUUCUUCCUAGCAUAAUUUGGCUAAAGAUCAUGAAACCAAAGAGAUUGAGCAUUUCAUGGUGCAUAAAUUGGGCAUGUAUAGUGAUUGGAGUGUUCAUGAUGGUGGCAUCAACAGUUGGUGGAUUGAGGAAUAUAGUUGCUGAUUCUUCCACCUAUGAAUUUUAUUCAUGAACAUAUAUAUAAUAUAAGAUGCUUAAAUUCAUGUUAUAUAAUCAAAUUAAUAGUAAUUCAGUUAAAUGUCACUUUUGAACUACAUACAAAAGUUGAUGUUAGUUUAUAAAUCACUGUUUUAAGAUCA